AGUGUGGUCUUUGUCCCCCUCUGCCUUUACACUAAGACCCCUCCCUUUCUCUCCAUUCACCCCUGUGCAGUGUUUUAUACUGAAAGGUAAAGAUGCGAAUUCACACUGCGCCUCGUGCACCAGUGAGCGAGUCCUCGUGCAGGCAGGCAGUCCUCUCAGCAGGUGUGAACACCUUCAUGUGAUGAGCCCGUUUCAUUCAGCAGCAGCUGACUGUGUGUGCAGGUGAGAUUCUCAUGUCGCCUGUUGCUCCUCUACCUGUCUGUGCCGUCUGUGCUGUCUGUCUGCUGCGGUUUGUGCCUUCAUGAACUGUUGCAUAGGGGGGAAUUUUUGUCUGUUCAUCUGAUAUUUAAAGGAGACAUUUUAAGAUUUAAAAUGUAAAGCUCUGUUUUGUAUUUUGCAUUGUAGCUUUCUUUAAAAUGAGUCAAAACAAAGCUUUGAUGAUCAGGUAGUCUGGUGCGUGAUGUUUUCACGGGGAACAUCCCUCCAGACGCCAUUUGAAAAACAUCUAUUUCAUGUUUCUUUGGUCAUAACGCGAAUUACACGACGUUGUACAGCCAAGAAAACAUGCAUUAAAAAUGCACUUAGCUUCAGAUUGAUUCGGCGCAAUAAAAUCUUGCAUCAUGUCUUAAUUUUUCUGCAAAAUCGUAACUUAAUUCUUAUUCAGCUGCAGUUUCUCACCGUCUUUUCCAGCAGUGAGCGCCACAGAGGGCGGGAGCGACCAAUACCAACUAUUAAUAAAAGUUGCAAUACUAAUGAAAAACAUCCUGCAGUGUGUAUGUGAUUAACGCCGAAAUAUGAAACAGUUUAUGCAGAGUAGGAAUGUGCGUGUAAUAUUAAAAUAACUCUAAUAAUGGCUUCUUCUUUUGCAAAAAUAAAUCUUAAUUCCAAAUUACCGAAUAGUGUUUCGCGUGACGUUUUUAAAUCUGAGGCGUAUCGGGGCCACAGCUGAAGCAGCGGUUGGUUUAUUGGUCUGGAAAGGCUGAUAACAUUACGUCUGUUUGUGAAGCAAAUUACUGUGUUAUCUGCUGCUGUUUGCGCAGGUCAGAGAGACAACAGCCGGCUGUGUUUGCACAGGCAUGUCUGUCAUAUGAGAGCAGGGCUGUGAAUGCAUCAAAUGCAUGCGGCAUUUAAAUAGCUGUGUUAUGACAGAAGGGGGUUUCCAAACAUGGGGGAACAGCUGGAGUCCCUGCAGAGCUCAGGUGCAGCCAAGGUGAUGUUUUGAUUCUUUUUCCGGGUAUUUCAAGGCUGGAUUUAGACUCUUUUCAGACGAGGAAACCUUGCUACAGUUAUGGAGUCCUGUCUUAUUUGCAUACUGUCAAACUCAGUUAAAAGCUCUCAUUUAUGUUUCAUUGCUUUCGCAGACAGAAAAUAAAUGAGCUGAUCCAGAAAGGUUUCAGAAAUGACUUGUUUUCUUGCAGAUUGCAGCAUCUGAUUUUUUCAUGGGUUCCAGUGUGUGCAGACUCCUUUUUGUGCCCAUAGAACUGUUGGAUGGUUAAUCUUUUGAAUGCUGAUGCCCAAGUAGGCCAGCAGUUUCCAGCCAAAUUAAUUUCCCUUUAGGAAACAAUAAGUUUUACGUCCAAAAUAACAUGAUAUGAAAACAAGUUUUGCCUGAAAAGUUACAAAACAUAAAAAUUUUCAUGCAAGUUAUUUUAAAUCUGCAGGAGAAGCUAGAACUAGAGCCACUUUCGCAUUUCUCUCUACAAACAUGUUUUAACCAAAUGGUAAAUAGGUAUUAAUAAAAGCCUUCUGCAACAUCUCUAAGUGUGCAGGACACCUGUGUGAAUGAAUGGACUGGAGGCGAUACGAUUUAGCAUCUAGAACUAUGAAUAGCUUCAGUUUGCAGCUGAAUUGAUUAGGAAAUAUUUUUCAUAAAUGUGCCUGAAUGUUUGUUGAAUUAACAGAUUUUCUUAAUUUUACCUAUACGAUUAUUCAGAGACAGAUUCUAGUAAAAUGUGUAAAUUAUGCUGAAUUUGGUCAGUUAAAUACUCCAUGAUCUGUAAGAUUUUAAACCCCUGCGUCCUGUUGGAUGUAUCUUUGUUGUUUCUGUUGUAUUUUCAGAGUGUGUUUCUGCUUAUUUUGGACUUUUGCAUGGUUGUAUUACAUUACAUCUGUUCUGAAUUUGCAGCACCUUCCUCUGAUUGAAUUUUCCUCAGGCCGAUGCAGACUGGAUCGCCUCAUCAUUCACUGAAAUAUAGAGAUCAUUUGUUGUCUGACUCUGUUGAUCUAACAACCUCCUGCUGCUUCUCUGAUGAGCUUCUCCUCAAACAUUACAUCUCAGAGAAGACACGUUAUAAUUUCAGUCAGUGCAGAUUUUCCCGAUUGUAUUCAGUGAUCUCAGUUUAUACUCUGUAAUCCUCUUUGCUGAUGUGCUGCUCAUGUAAAGCUGCGGUGAUUGAUUUUGUGUCUCUUUGUCAGAGAAAACAAUCUGAUGUUGCAAACAUAGGAAGGUUUAAAUCUGUAUCUGUUAUCUGGUGAAAGCUGCUGUAUCCUAUGUUGAGUCAUUAUUAUGAAAUAAAAUUACAAAAUUAACAGGAAAUAAGUCAAACAUUUGAGUUAAAAUGGGAUUUGUUAUUCUCUUCUUGCAAACUUUUUAUAUGUUGGAGUCAUCAGUCAGUUAGAUCCAUUUUAUUCAAGUCUAUUUUUCUGGAGCUCUGGGUUUUCCUUACUCUCACCAUCAUCAUCAGCCUCAAACUGAGAGGCUGCAGCUGCUGAGGGGUCGACAACAGUGUUUUAUAGUUGGUUCUUGUUGAAACAGACAACUAUGUAAUAUCCAUCACUGUCUCAUUUAUAAACUCAGACAGUGGUUUGCUGGUUAUAUGUUGUGUUCUGGCAUACACACCUGGUCAAGUUUGCACUGCUAGCGUAUUUCUGUGACCUCCACCUGUGUUUACAUUGAGUGCAUUUGGCCACAUGAGCAUCUUAGGCUUUCCUAUUUGAAAAAGCAAACUUUUUCAGCUCCAGCUUUGCUCUUUUUAUAAGCCUUCCAUGCAGCAUGGUCUCCUGAUCUUAGACCGUAUGGGAAAAUGAUUUGGAUCACUCAAAAGAGCCAGAAUUUUUACCUCAUACGCAGGUGGCUAGGGUUCAAUUCAACCCUGUGGCCCCUUUCCUGCAUGUUACUUUCUGCUCUCUCCUCUUACCCCUGCUCUAUUCAUGGUCCUCUAUCUGUCAAAAAAGACCAGAAGAGCCCAAAAAUAAAUUUAAAAAAAGGCCAGCAUUCCCAUUGCUGCUGCUGACUCUCUUGGCACCCAGCAAAGGGAUGAAUUGAUGUUGAGGAACAAACACAAUUGCAGAACCGUGAGCGCAUGCUCCUGGAUCGCCCAGACCAAAUCCACCGCUUGGCAGUGAGGAAACUGUCCAGUAAAAAAACAUUACUGAGGUAUGAGUGGUCUUCUUACCUGUCUCACUGUCACUGCAAACCUGACCUUACAACCCUACAACCAGCCCAGCUGACCGGCAUUGGCCCCGGUUUCCCCAGUUAGCCACUGUGGGUCAUUAAUAUUUAAGAGCAUAUCUUAUAACCUCCAUAAAUAUAGCCUGUACAGUUGUGGAGAAAUUCAUUACACUUUUUAAUCAGAAAAUUUGCAUUAUCUAGCAAAACCCGACAAAAACUGCCAUGCUUUGUUUUUUUUUCUUUUUUUGUUUUUUUUUGUUUUGUUUUGUGAAUACUGAAUCCUCGGUACUUUGUAUUACUGGGUUGAUGGACAUUUAAAUCUUUUUUUAGUUCGGGUCGUGCUCAGUCUUUAUCCUAAAUUCUCCAAAAAGUGCUGUCUCACUUUGGUAGACUGUUUUUAUCACAGAGUUCAGAGAGUUUGAUUCCUGUGGAUUCAAAUAUACCGACUGUGUGUUUCCCAGGUGAGCUGAUCUGACCUCUCAUUGAGGUGAAGCAGCUUCUCUGAGUGGUUUUGUUGGUCUGACCUUGUUAAUCACUCUGCUGGAAAAAAUAAAGAUCGGUCAGAGAGAGGGAACAAUGAGAGUCUCUCCCCAGCAGAUUGAGGGGUCUGAGGUUAGAGCUGCUCAGUAAACAGUCUGAUUACAGGCGAUUCAGAUGUGAAUCAAAAACACGAGCUGUGACAGUCAGUUAUUACACAGUGAUAAAAAUCAACAGUGAUUCCUGUGAGUGAAUUAGACCCUCAUUAAAUAUGAUCCUGAGGUGAAAAUUUGAUAUAUUGAAAGCCUUACCUCAUAUGAACAACAUUUGUGACUAACACUGCUGAAAACACAAAUUAGGGAUGGAGAGCAUUCAUUUUUAUCAGUUCUGAUCCCAUUAUCCAGGCUCCUUAAUGAUUCAAGUUCUUGUCAGUACCUCUUUCACUUGGCCUUGUUCUCAUUUUUAUUGACCCACCUUCAAACACCUCGCAACGACAUUGUAUGUCAUGUUUGUUGGUUAGCAAAUUAGCUUUUAUUCUCUCUCUGGAGUUGUUUCCAGCUGCAGACACUCAAAGGUUCUGCAGUUUUUCUUUGGACUAGCCACUCUUUGAACCUCUCUGCACGUUCAGUUGUCAUUGCAACAGACCACCAGAGUCCUUCGUGGUGUACUUGUAUACCUGUUUGCAGUUCAAAAACAUUCUUCGACAUUCUGUGCAUUUCUAAAAGUGUUGAGUCAUCUCUCAGAGGGAUGCUACAGCUAGCUGAUUAUCAGUCUGUGACUACUUCUUCGUCUAUUUUCCAUAAAGGACCACUGUUAUUACUAAGUAGUAAUAUGCUCAUUUUGAGCACAGUAUCAACAUUUUAUCGUUUUAAAACUGGUAUGUCUCCACAGCCCUACAUUAAACAUGAAAUACCGUAACACUUCCUGUAUAAUUUUCAAAAAAAAAACCCUAAUGCCCUUUUAGUGUCAGCCCUCUAUGCUUUUAUUCUGAAUGUAUAUCCCAGGUAGUUAUAUUUGACUGAAAUAGGAAAGAAAAUACAAAUAAUAAGGGAUGAAAUUCAUGUGGGAUUGACAGCCUCAGUUUAAAUCAGUGGUUAAAAUCUUGAACUGUGUAAGAUCAGCUCUGCUGUUACUCUGUUGCUUCUGUAAUUACCCUCAGCAGGAUUAUUCUGUCUCUGAGAUUGAGGUAUUUCUUUCUUCUUCUCAUGCAGCUUUGAUUCAUUAGGCAUCUUAAUUGACUGGAACAUAAUCAAUGAAUUCCAGCGGCUGGUUUUGUAACCAGGAAAGACAAUCCUUCAAAUACUGGAAGAGAAAAAUUGAACUCUUGAGAAGGCGUUGUUGGAGAACCUCUGACCUGACGCUGGAGAUUUCUCAGCUGUGAACACUGCUUGAAAUUCUGUGUAGGAACACCAUUUUCAUCCCACCUAAAAAAAACAGAGUAUUAUACAAAUCCCAGUGUGUAAGGAAUCCACUAUAACCUUUUAUUCAAGCUUGAACACGUGCUGCAUGGAGGAUUUUAGAUGCCCAAAUGUGGUUCCGUUUAAAGGCAGAGCGGUCAAAGACGUGAGACUGUAGUUCAGGAGGUGAUGAAAAUUUGUGUCUCCCAGGGAGGACAAAAAAAAAAAGAAUAAAGCGCUCACUCUCCCUCAAAUUGAGAAAACUCUUUAGCAGGUAUGGCUCAGCUUCCUUUAAUGUUUAAUAUCAAAUGCAGAAAGGGGACACAGUGUGGAGGUCAGACUCCUUCAUACCAAGCUGGGAUUUCACGAUUACCCUGCUGCAGCACUCCUGUAUGGAGGAGUUUAAGGGCCAGGCUUUAGGGACCGAAGAAGAAAGGAAGGAGGAGGGGAAAUUUUCACAUUUGAAGAAAGGCAGAGAGGAAGCAGAAAGUCUGCAAGGUAUGAGAAGUCUAAAUCAGAGGGAGGAUUUUUCUUUUUUGCAUCUUCAAAGGAAGUCAAACAGCAAGCAAAGGUCACAUUUUCAGCAUUAGUGCCAAACAUUAGAAACCAGGCCAGCCCUAGAGAUAUAACAAUCUGCAGACACAAGUGCAGUAUUGUGGAUUAAGGCUGCAGGAUACAAAGAAAAAAAAUUCUUCUGCAGGUUUUUUUUAAAUAGAUGUUCACCAUACAUUGAAGUAACAAAAAGUAAAGACCUGUUAUUUCCAAGAGUUUGCAUGUUUGGAUGAAAUGAAGGCCUGAGAGUUAGCAGGAUGAGAAACCAGUUGAACUCUGUUAACUGUUAAGCGCUUAACAAAGACACAAACUUCGAUAAGAGUUAAUCAGUUAUUUCUGUUUCAAAUUAAACUUGUUAAACUGUUGCAUGAAUCUACAAAGGCUGUAUACAGUUUAAGAUACAUGGGAAUAAUCAGGAUCCACUUAACGUGGUGCUGUGGUCUUAAGUUGGAUGAAUCAACGAGUUACCUGAGCUCUGAAGUUAGCAGGUUGGACUUGAAUAAAUUAUUAUUUUUUGUUGAGCUAAAUUCCCACAAAUGAUCAAUUAAGACCUUGAACAUGGCCUAUUUUAUCUUCUCCGAUGGUGUCAUCUCAUUCAGAUCAUUCACGAACUCACAUGCAUGUUUGUAUGUCUGGUCUUUGUAGUUUUUCUGAUCAAGUUUUAGUGAUUAAAAAAAAGGGAUGUGGUGCAGCUGUUGGGAAUUGUUUCCACAGCUCGAUCGAGUUGAUCUCACUUUGUUCUCUAGUGAGCGUCUGUUGCUGCAGGAUGACGUGCGUAGGAUUGAGUGGAAAAAAGCUUCAGAGCGUGUGUUCAUGGUGAUGAAAAAGGUGUCACACUGCAAAAGUGAGUCUCAUGAAGGUGUGUGAUAGUUUUAAGAACACAGCAGAGCUUGACUGCACAGAGGAGGAAGCUGUACAAGACUGGAUUUGAUAAAUUAUACCAGGAAGCAGGUACGUUUGCUAGUUUUGGAUCUUUCCUGGGAAGAUAUUUAAAGUAAGGACUAUUUAUUAUCAUCAGACUCACCCUGAAAACAUAUCUUUUCCUUCUUUUAACAUGUUAGCAUAAUGAAACCUAAAAUGACGAAUGGUUGAGACAUCAUGGUUGGUCCGUCUUCUUACUGUGAGCAGAAAUGAGACGUCACAGUGACAUAUACUCGUACUCUGAAAGCCCCUCCAGCUAACGGCCUCAGAGUCAGGCUGACAGCUCAUUUUUUUCUGGUCUUGCCGGCUUGUGUGGCUCUGGGGAUGGAAAUGUUUUGUCAGUCCAUCACUUAAGUCCAGACUGGAUGUCUCAAUAACUUCUGAAUUAAUCUCACUGACAGUCUGUACAUCAGUGGUGACCUUAGCAUGAAUAAAAGAGGCUUAAACAUCAUAGACAGCAGCAGGUCAACUGAGCCAGUGUAAAAGCUUUAAACUUAAAAUCCUGCAGAUGAAUGAAUUGAAGCUACAUCUCAAUAAAUGAGAAUAUUCUGUAAAAUGUAGAAAUAUUUCUGUCAGUUUUUUUUUUAAGAAAGUGAACAUUUUACAUGCAAACUAUCAAAAAGCAACUUUUCAAUUCCAAUUUUGACUAUCAUGAUCUACAGCUCAAAACAUAGUCUACUGAGUUUAUCCAUAGACUGUAUAUACUAUGGACAACUUGGUUCCGCCUCCUGCCUGUAUACGGAUUUGAAGCCAAAUAGCUCUCGAUAUUUCUGAGAUUUUUCUUCAUCUCUGAAACCAGCGCUGCGCAGUAGCGAUGCGCACAUUCAGGCACGCAGUUGCCAAGAGUCGCUGUGAUGACGCUUGGCUCAAACAGCGUAUCCCCCGGGAGAGCUACGCAAUCCCUGAACGCCAAUAGGCUGUAUCAGGUGUCAAUCAUAGCAAACAUGAACCCCCUAAUAACUUUUAAAAACUGAGCUUCACAGAAAAAAAGAGGACUUGAGCACAAACCAGUCUUACAAUAACUACAUGUCAACAUCACAAGCAGGGGGGAGAAAAAUGUAUGUACUGUGUAAUAAAUUUCUAAAGUUUGUCCACAGCCCUAUAAGCUUUGCUGGCGGAGGCGGGAUUUAUGAUCUGUACUGCAGCCGUCAACAGAGGGCACUGUUCUCAGAGUGGCUUCACCCAGCAAGGAGGCAGACUCUGUCCAUUCUAUAUACAGUCUAUGGUUUUAUCAAGUCCAGAGUCAACACAGUUUCAAAUCCCCAUACUUCCAUCUGCAGACAAGCUUCAUAGAGAACUGGUUUCCUUUUCCAGCAAGACCUAACAUCUACCCACAGCGUCAGAACUGCUACCACAUGGUUUGCUGACCAUAAUAUAACAGUGCUUUGCCCAAUUGGCUGACUAUGUCCUCUAUGGUGCUGUCAAUAACGCCUCUAAUAAUACCGCUGAAGGCUCACCGCCUCCACACAACAUUGAUGCAGGGAUUCAUGGAAAAGGGGCCCCACCCAAGUACUGAUGAUAUGAAUAAUAAUAAAAUGAUUAAAUCAUAAGAAAUUGUACAUUUCUUCAUUUAACCCUUUGGUUUUAGGGAAAAUCCUAAUCAUGUGAGGUGUACCUGGAUUCCUAACUUUUAUUGGAUAAACAAAAAAAGACUUUAGAAUUCCACUGUACUUGCCACAGAUGUAAGAAUGACUGAAAAUCUACCUUUUUCAUCAAAUAAUGACAUUUACUGAGAUGCACCUGCAGAGGUGGAUCUUACUCUGCGUUAUGUCUGAUCAUCAGUUGCCUGUAAGUUGUUGUGUUUCCUCCAAACCAUUAACUACAACACAUUAAGUAUUUAAAACCUGAACAUCAGCAGGCUAAAAUGAGCAUUACAAGCUGACCCAAAGUCAGUCAUUAAAUUACAUAACUGAGCAGAAAACAAUCUCUUGCAUCAGUGAAAAUAAAAAAAGCAAGUAUAAUGACUCUGUAAUUAUUUGAAUAGUAUUGUCAGACAUUAUAGAAGAUAUUUCUGCAUGUUUUCCACACCUGGAUCAACUUUCAGCUUUAGUAUUCCUAUUGUGCUGUUUCUCUCUUCUUGAUGAAUAAACCCGGUCUCACAGGUGAAAUAUGAGGUGGCCUCAAUCAUUAGUAAUAAUGUGGUGUUAUGUCAAAAGAUUAGGCCUUUCUGUAAAUACAGAGCAGGUGAGAUCGAUUCAGCACAAAGCCUGAUUUCGUACAACAACAGGUUUUUCCUCUUGUGGCCCAGCAGCAGCUGGAUAAACAGCUUGAUGUAGGAAAACAGAUGAUCCCUCACUUCUGCACUUCAUCAUAUGCCGCUGUGAGACAUAUUAUUCUGCUCUGCGUCUGGACAGAGAGAUGUAUGAGUGGUAGACCACCUUUCAGAGUCAGUGUAUUUCCAGGAAUGUGGUUCAGCUGUGGAGACAUAGCAGAGCUAUCCUCCUCAAGGUCUCAGAAAAAUCUGUUUCUGCCCUGCAGAUUAUAAAGAUGAAAUAUUAAUCUGAAGAUCAAUUUUGAAGUCUGCAUGUACAACGGCAGCUUAUAACUUGUUCCAAAUCCUCUCCAGCCAGCCAGCAUCUUCAUGCCAGGUGUGUGUUGGCUGCACAAGCUUCUGUUGUCUUUCUUAAUGAGUUCUAUCAAAAUUGAGGUCAUAAACGAUCUAUUUUAAACAUUUAUUGGCAUUGUAGACAUCCUUAAGAUCACUUCUACACUGGAAAGGCCAAAGAGGUGUGCUUAACUCUAAUUGAACAUUACAGCCAACGAUAUAAGUGAAUAUAUUUGACUUGACAGGCUGUUUGCUGCACCUAUUCAGGGUCUGUAUUAAAUAUUUUACACAACAAUCUUAAACGCAUUAAAAACAGGGGCUGAUCAGCGAUUCGGGUGCACAAAGAGAAAUAGAGAGAAGUAGAAAAAACAACAGAAAGAUUGGACUAAAUAUGUGUCACCUGUAGAUGGAUAAAUCUCAGUCUUUCACGUGUUUACAGCAGCUUUGCAUAAACUGUGAUCAGACACCAAUCACUGAUUUUGCUUUAAAAGUUAUAAUUUCAGAUGGUAAUUGCAAACAUGGUUUUAACUUGACAGUUCAAAGCGAGGCACAACAUGAUGUAAUCUUUAUGUGGGCGCUCACUGAGAAACCCUAUGGACUAUGAGUAUUAUUUGCACAUACAUGUUGCAUAGGCCUCCAAUUUGAUGUUAUUUUAAUCUGCAUCUUGCAAAUCUGUUGCUUUUUUAUGUAGUUUGUUUUUUUUAAUCUGUGCUUUUUCAUGAGUAAAUGCAUUUUCUUUGUCAUAGUAUUGGACUGUGAAUGCAAACUCUGUUUUUCUUUAACCCGAUGCCAUUAAUGCAUUUAAUGUGCUGUCUCUGUGCUGUCUUGUAAUGUGCGGUUUGACUGUGAAUCACUUAAACAGCCCAAGAGGUGAAGUAAGAGGUGAAUCAGCUAUUGUGAACCAGCAUUUAUGAAUCGUUAUUAAGUUCAUGCAUUAGCCAUACAUUGUGAAAUGACUAUCUGUAGGUGUGAUGGAAAUAUAACAGUUCCUCUGAGCUUGUCAUAGGUGACAGUUGAAAGUCCUGUGUACUCGGUAUGCAGAAUGCUUAAAUAAAUAAUGGACUGAGACAUUUUGAGAAUAGACCAGUCAGACGGUCACCUAGGGUAUCACCUGCUGCAGGAGGCUUCAAGGGAGAGAAAUGAAUUCAAAUACCUGAUCUAUUUUUAAAUGUCUGUGCCCUUCAUUCCUGCACACUGUGUUGUUAACUCAAGCACUGCAAUAUGAAUUUUCAGAGGUUUCUGCAGGCGCACUCAUUCACUGAUGUCGCUGCUGGAUGUCACUUAUUUUGUGACAAGGAACUCUACUUGUGCUCCAAUAAAACUCAAGCGGAAAAAGCCGUUCUCAGAGUAACAACUGCUUCAUGUGGAGCUAUUCAGCUGUUUAACAUCCCUACAUUUCUGUUAAUGCAGGUUUAACACAGGCUAAGAGAGUGCUGUAAAAGUACUGUUUAUGAUGCUUAAUUAAGUUUUAGAUUGUAUGUUUUAGUCAGGAGUUUAAGGGGCUGAUAUUUAGAGAGGAGUCAUUAAGCUCCUUCACAGAUGAUCAGCAGACUGAAUGAGAGAGAGUGAGUACAGGUCCUUCAGCAGAAGUCAUCUGAGGUGGUUUAGACCUCUCAGCCACAUCCAUUUGACUUAUCCUGAAAGAUGGUGCACCCAUCUAAACGGAGACCUGUACAAAUCUGGAACAGCGUAGGUCACCUGUCCACCUUCAUUAGGCCCCACACUGAGAGCCUGGAAAUGAUCUGUGACAGCGCUUCAACAUUUGACUUUGGGGUACAAGCUGGAAAAUAAUUAUUUCAGCCUUGAACCUUUUCAAAUUUAAAAUCCAUCCCCUCCUUAAGUAACCUGGUGAUCUCCUGAGAUCAAUGGUCAGGUUACACCAAGAGCGCUCUCUGCUGGAUCUAAAGCUACUGAAGCUGGCCAAAUGUGCUGGUUGGUUUUGAUUUUGGAUUUGAACAAGUCAUGACAGUUCGAACAUGAACGUUUGCUCAUCCUGUCCUCCUGUUUGUGUUUCUUUCAGGCUUCAAGGAAGCAUGGUAACAUCUGUUCCCACUCCAUUAUCUCCAGUGGGAAGACAGUGAGGAAAGGUCACUACCAUGGGAUGUGAGUAAGGGACCAGUGGGGGUGCAGUGGCCCCAGGCGGGAUGCUGCUGACAGCUGGUCAGUAUGACUCUGCUGGACUUGUGGCUGUCGCGCUCCAUCCCCAUGUGCCUGCUCCUUCAGAGCCUUGUCCUUAUGGCCCUGUGCUUUCCCUCGGCCAGCAUGUGUCCAAAGGGCUGCAUCUGCCGCCGCGACCCCCACCUCCAUGGCCUGAAUGUUUCCUGCAGUCAGUCCCGCCUCAAAGAGAUCCCCCCCAGCCUCCCGGUGGACACUGUCCUGCUGAGACUGGACCACAACCAGAUAGGCACCGUGCCCGAUCAAGCCUUCCAUGGACUCAGGCUUUUGAGGGAGCUCAACCUUUCUUACAAUGCAGUGGAGACUUUAGGGGAGGGCGCCUUCAGUGGCAUCGAGGCGACCUUACAGGUGCUGGACCUCUCCCACAACCGCAUCACUAGCGUACACAAGGAUGCCUUCGCUCGGCUUAAAGCUCGCAUCAUUGUGGAUGAUAACCCCUGGCAUUGUGACUGUGCUCUGCAGCAGGCGAUCGGUGGAAUGGCGCAUAACCAUGAGGCGGCGGCACGGGUCCUGUGCAGGAGCUCGGAGCUUCAAAACCAGGAGGGACGACCUUUCUUGGCUGUGGACACUGACCUUUGUAAUCUGGCCAAAAGGACCACAGACUACGCCAUGCUGGUGACCAUGUUCGGUUGGUUCGCCAUGGUCAUUUCAUACGUGGUGUAUUAUGUCCGUCAGAAUCAGGAGGAUGCUCGGCGCCACCUGGAGUACCUCAAGUCUCUCCCGAGCAAACCCAAGAAACCGGACGAGGCUGACGACAUCAGCACUGUAGUCUGACAGCUGUCCUUAAUGUGACUAUCCCAAAAUAACCCAAUGAACACCAAAACGUGUACGUAACAGGACCCGUAUUUAUAGCCUUUACUAUUUAAAAAAAAACUUUUAGCUGAUGUGAGCAUCAAACCUGCAGAGAUGUCUUUGUACUUUUUGAAUUUUGUCCUUGUUCCUAACCAGGGUUUAUUCGUAGCCAGUCUGAGCGGAGAAGAAAAAGGAGACAAGAGUCUAACACCAACCUUUUUUCUACAAAAAUUGCAUAGGGACUCUUUAAAAUUGAAACUCAGGUUUAAAUAUUGACAUGAUAACGGCUUUUUUUAGAUCAAAUUUGGAAUAUCUUAUGAAGGAUAUAUUUCUAAGACCCUAUUUCCCAGAGCCCUCAUUUUGAUAUCUCAAAGCCUAUGAUAAAAUGCACAGAGUACGGCAUAUACAGUACUUGCCAAAUCAACUGCAUCUCUCAUUCCCCUUCAAAUUUAUUGUUAAAGACAAAGUUUACAUCUGCAAAAUUUGCAAAACUAUCAGCAUUUAUGAACCCAUGGCUUCUUUAAGGAGACUUAAUGACCGAUGGGGGUCAUUGUAGCCUUGGAGAUGAGGUUUGGAGACAUAAGGGAUAAAGAAGAGUCCCUCUGGUUGCCUUGAGCUGCUGUUGCCUCAUUUGGUGGUGAAGGGUGAUUCAGCUUUUCUUAGGAUGUUUUUAGGUUCAGUUAUGGAGAACUCAAUUCUGUAGCAGCCCAUUUCUGCUGAGAACAAGUUAAGGAUGCACUGUUGUUAGGGAUAAUUUUGACAAAAAAUUCUGACUUUCAAAGCUAGAACAAUUUUUACCCCACUUUAACUAGCUCCUGAAUAUUCCCAAGGUGGAGGGAUUGAGCCAAAGUGAUGCCUCGGGGGUCACUGAUUUAUUGCGUCAGGGGUGUAUUUUGUAGCUAAGCUGUGUGCAGAGGCAAUGUGGACAAUUAAAUGAAACAGGAUGGGAUACACACUGCUUGAAUGAUGCUGAAUUUAAAAAAAAGUCAAAAACUAAGGAAGCCUUUUAUCGGUACCACAACGGUACAUUUGGUGGGUCAUACAUUCCUGGAAACCACAGAGUUUUACUGCACAAAAAAGUUUAUUUUAUAUCUUUUUUUUUCUUCUUUCUGUUCUCUCAGGUGAACACAAAUCCCAUGUUUCUUCUUCUUUCAACCACAGCUUCACUCUUACUUGAUAACUACAUCAGGAAACUCCAAUAUGUAUUGAAUUUUCCUCUGGGGAUCAAUGAAGUUCUUCUUCCCUUAUUCUACAAACAUGGUAAAUGAGUGUAAUUUAUCAGGAAGCAGAUCCGAUCUGGUGAUCCAUAUUACCUGAUCCUGGAUAGAGAAAAAUGGACCAAAUCUAGAUCCAACUCAUCCUGAUUGAUCCUGCAUUAAGGCUGGAUGUUCCAGGCCACACUGCAAUGCUUUUAAUGAUCCCCAUGGUCAAUCCCAGUCUACGCUCCAUGUAAGCAUCCAUACAGUUUUCCUGGUGAUAACUACAGAGUUAACUCUCUCUGCAGACAGAUGCUGCAAGAUGUUCAUGAGCACUCUGGAAAUGAUCAUUUAGCAGACUUGGAACUAUGAUUGUUAAUGUCCAAGAUCUGUUGUCACUAAGUGUAUUAAAGUAUCUUAAUCACUCAUUAAGCAAAGCUUUACAAAAAAAUACUCAAUUCAGCCUCUCUGGAGGAUCCACAGCCUUUCAGUUUCAAACUACUCUAUCCAUGCGAUGAUCUGAGUGGGCAGGGUUGCUGUGAUAAAGAGGUGCUGAACUGUUUGGUUGCCUAAAUGUUCUCUGAGGGGGCAUAGAUGCAAUGGCAGAAAAACACCAAAACAAACACGCUGAGCGCUUCAGAAGAACUUGUGCCGGUACUUACAAACUUUUAGUCAUAAAUUGUUAGUACAAUCAGUGGACACACUGAAAAAAGGCAGGUCUAGGUUUGUUGGCAAUAGAGUUGCAAAGGGGUGGAAAAUUUCUGGUAAAUUUCCAGAAACUUUCCAUGGUAAAUUAAGCUGGGGAAUUUUGGAAAUAUUCCAAAUUGAAAACUGUAGCAUAAGAUACAAAAAAAGCUUGUAAAAACACUAAUGCAAUGGCAUGAACAGAAAUGUAGUUGGCUCAACAACUGGAAUGGUCUUCAAAAUAUUGGACAAUUGAUGUAUAAAUUAUUGUAUGGUUACAGAAAACCGUUUGCAGGAGUCAGAAGAAACAGCAUCACAUUUGAGGUAGCUACCACCACCCUAAUAAGCGAGCCCCUUAAAAAGUUAAUGAAAUGAAAAAUAGCUAACAUUUAGCAACCUUUUGCAAGUUAAAUAUUAAUACUAUUAUAGAUCAAAUAUAUUUACCCCAUAAUACUAUCAAAACUUACUUGACUUUAUAUAGUCUGUGGGCUCAAAUGUCUUUGUGAUUGAGGAGUGUACUUGCAUUAAAUCUGGUUGUUUUAGUCAAUAUUACACUACAGUAUAUUUUCCCUAACUAUAUUUAAGUUCCCUGUUGGGGGCCAACCUUCAGUUUUGAAAAUUUCAGAUUUAUUCUCGUUAAUUCCCAUGGAAAGUUUCCAACUUUGAAAAUUCCCAGAAGUUUGCAACCCUAGUUAGCAAAGAUCUUUUUACAAGGGUCAGUGUCAAAGCAAACUCAGCUUUGUACUUCACCUCAUUGUUGAAGCUGUCACAGAACAGCAUUGGGUGCUAGGACAGAAUGCCAGCAUUUCCAUUGGCUUCUUCUACCAACAACCAAGCAGUUGUUGUGUGUGGCUUCAACCUUUGACGUCUUGGAUCUGCAACAACAAAACAAAAACACCACUGGUGUAGGAGGAAAUCACCUGAGGAGUGGGAGUGGUUUUGGAUGUAUGCCAAUGCAGAUCAGUCCAGCUGUUGCAUCACCACAUGAGCAAACUGUAUCAGAAAAACUAUAAUUUUCCAGUAGGUGGGCAACAGAAACAUAGCACAGACCAUUUUUUGCCUCUACAUCCUCAGGUGCAAACAUGGAAACAUUCAAUAUAACGGCCAACUAUUUUCUGUGGCCAUUCAUGAACACAGAAAAUGAUAACUUACAGAGGGGGAUCUUUUAGGGGUCUAUUACUGUGUAAAAUAAUAACACAGGGGGAUUUUCUGAAAAUGGUGAUAUCACUGUCUAAUUUGCACAUUUGAAAUUCCCAAACAAAUAGUCAAGUACGAAGAGAGAAGGAUAAUAUCAACAAUGGCCAAGUACCAAGCUGUGUUUUUGAUGUUUCCUCAACAGUGUAAUUUUGCAGAGGGUUAUUAAUGUCUUCUUGUAACCUCGGCUGUGAAGGCCUGGGACAGGCACUUGAUGUUCUCCAGUGAUGUUUCAUGACUUAGUUAUACUGCCAGCUAGUAGUCUGGCAUGCAUAUUACAGUGUUUGCAGAAGUUUUUGCAGACUCAUGUGCAUGAAUUGUUCUCACAACUAUGUCAUAUGAUCGCAGAUUUAAAAAAAAUGCAGAGGAAAGACUUCUGUGGUGCUGUUGGAGCCAGUCUUGUUCAAACGAGGCCUCAGGGCUACCAGGCUGGAGGAUGACUGAGCAUACGUUUACAGUAAAGGAAGGACAUGUUUUCAUUAUAUGGGACCUUUAAAGUCUUGGAGUCUGAGGUCUUACAGCUCAGAGUGUCGCUGUGUUGUCCAUUUGGUCUUAUGGUUUGUGAGGUGAAAUGUUGUCUUUAGUUUGUGGUCUUUAGAGUCAGUCUUUGUAUAUCUGUCUUUGGGAGGAGAACACGCAGACUUGAUGUCGGCUCCAGUAGAUUUUUAACACUGUUGUUUUGUUGUUGAUGCAGAUCUUCAGAGUCAGUGCUGUUUCCUGUAAUUUGUCCAUUUUGCCUUCACUCUGCUUAACUCACAUCAAGCUCUUUUAUCAGGAGGACAGAUUUUUCAAACACAGGGAUGGUGGACUAUACCGUCAUCUCAGCGUGACACGACAAAUCAACACAAACACUCCUGUUUGAGCUGAGCUGCCAGUCCAUGCAUCAUUUCCCUUUAAUAUCACUGUGUACAGCAACGUUGCCCGCAGCAGGCACAGAGAAAAUUGAUGCCGUCGUUUUCUCAAAUGGCUUUUCUGACACCAGAGCUGCAGGAGCUCUUUCAAUCACAAGACCAGAGAGGGCCAGUGAACGCCACACGACAGACAAGAUUGAGAUUAAGAGGUACAGGAAAUUAGAUUUUCAUAAAAAGGCUAAUUUUGACAAUUACAACCCUCUUUAAAUAAUAACCUGAAGAAAUACUGCACAUUACUGGUGAUAUGUUGGAUACUGAGUGUUGCUGAUAUCUGGUGAAGUCUCAUGUUUGAUUGUUUGUCAUGAAACUGUAAAAUACUGGUUGUUAAAUUAUGUCUUAGGGGAUAUGCAAUGAGAAAACAUAGGUAGAGAAAAUUAGGAAAUCUUGUAAAUAGGAACGUAGAUGUUUUGUGAAAUACUUGAAAUCCCUUUAAUUAGUUAUUGAAUGUGCUUCAUCCCUUAGCCUUGCCUUGUACAGGAAACCUCAUACCCCUCACCACAGGACCAGGAUAGGGUUUAACAUGCAUGUACAAUGUAAUGAAGCACAGUGUAGCCAAGGACUUGAGAGUAUUUCUAAGUGCCUGAAUAUUUCUCUCUUUGGUUUAUCUUUUUGAUCCAUGUCUUCUUUCUCCAUGCCUGGUCUCGGUUCUGGACGCAUAGGCCUCUCUUGGUUCAAUGGGUAUAUCAAUUUAGGGUUUAUUUUGCAAGUUAGGAAAAGUCAAAUCAACCAUGCUAAUGUAAAGAGGUGUUAAAGUGAAUUAUACUGUACCAUAUCACAGUUUUCCAUGCAGAGACGGAAUUUGAUGGGCACACAGCUGACAAUGAAAUGUUAGCACUGACUAUCGUGGUUGUGUUGUAAUGGCAUGACUUUCAGAAAAAUGAAAUAAAGAAGGUAUGCAUUGGUU